CCCGCUGGACUCACUACUCUUAAUCUUGGCAGCAAGUUCAACCAACCCAUCACCAAACACUCAUUACCAUCAACAUUAAGUACGUUAAUAUUUGGUAUGGAGCAUGACCAACCAAUAGAGGUUGGUGCCCUACCUCAUACACUCACCUACCUAUUGUUUGGAAACAAUUUCAAUCAAGCAUUGCCCGCUGGAACCCUACCAGACUCAAUCACAACGUUAUCCAUUGAUGGAAAGAAAUUCCACCAACCUACGACCAGCGUUGUCUUGCCAAUCUCUUCGUUGAUCCAUGUGAUAGUGAGGUCUUGGGAUCAGUUGGUGCAUUGUAAGGGCGUCCCCAAGUUGACUAUCACUCAUGCAAUAUCGUAUAAAUAUGUAAACAAGUUCAAAUUUGACCACAAUGUAGGAGAGCUGCUACUUGAUGCCCCAGAGGGCUACGAUCACAACACAAACGAUGGUAUCCAAUACGCCCAGUCAUUGAUGGACAUGUUCCCCAAUGUGAUCACUAUCCUGAUCAAAUACUGGCGAUUUCCCAAACGUAUAAUCACCAUAUCAAUUCGCAAGCUUGACAAGGACCAUGCUCUCCGGGUCCUAAACAAAAGGAACUUCCCGCCUUACAGCUACAAGCCAGACCAUACAAUUUUAAAGUGGACAUCCGUCCAACGUCAACAACAACAACAACAAUCAAUUAAUCAAUCAUUAACAACA